CGUUCUGUAGGAGAAGAGACGGAGGCUGAUGCGCUCGUCUGGCUGGGCUCUACGCAUUGGCUGAACGGAGACCUCUGGUGUUUUUUUAGCUUAUAUUUUUAGCAGCGGAGGUCGGACUCGUACUGCAUCGCGCGUGGUUCAUCUGCAGUGCUGCUGCGCGCUGGAGAACGCUCGAGCUCAGCAUACUGAACGUGCCCGCUGCAACGGCGAGUGCGCUCGAGCAAACACGCAGUUCUGUCUGUUUGCGGAGCGCUGGAUAUCUCGUCUAGGCUUUCUUAAGUCCAUUUUUGUUUUUUGGAAAUGGCCAGUCCCGGAGACGAUUCGGCUUCAGAUGCCCAGCUGGAUCAAGCUGACGCUACGCCAGAACCAGCGUUUCGAGAAGCUCAGAAAUGGAUCGAGGCAGUGACCGGAAGAAGUUUCGGUGAUAAGGAUUUCAGAAGCGGCCUGGAGAACGGCAUUCUGCUCUGCGAGUUGCUGAGUUCAAUCAAACCAGGCCUUGUGAAAAAGAUCAACAGACUUCCAGCACCCAUUGCAGGACUGGAUAAUCUGACCAUGUUUCUGAGAGGAUGCGAAGAGCUGGGAUUGAAGGGAUCACAGCUGUUCGAUCCCGGAGACCUGCAGGACACGUCGAUACGAGCGAACUUAACGGGCUCUGACUGCAGUAGAAAGCUGAAGAAUGUGCUCAUAACCAUAUACUGGCUUGGUAAAGCUGCUAACAGCUGUGCAACGUAUAACGGCCCCACACUCGACCUGAAAGAGUUUGAGGGGCUUCUUUCCAUGAUGCGAAAGGAGUGUGUAAAUGAAGAGUUGGACUCCCCUAAGCGCAGUAUAAGAGACAGCGGUUACAUCGACAGCUGGGAAUCGGAGCGCUCUGAUUCGCUGUCUCCUCCGAGGCAUGGCCGUGAAGAUUCGUUCGACAGUCUCGACUCAUUUGGCUCACGAUCACAGAACACACCCUCGCCAGACACAGUUAUUCGCUGCAACAGUGAUGACUCUGAAGGUGACGCUGGUCAAAGGAAGUUGCCAGACGUGCGCAAGGAUGACAUGUCUGCCCGUCGCGUGUCCUACAAAGAGCCUCGCGUAGCUCUACCCUUUAAUCAGUAUCUGCCAAACAAAAGCAACCAAACCAACUACAUUCCUGCCCCCCUGAGGAAGAGGAGGAGCGAGCGAGAGGAAGACUGGAGGAGUCUGAGCAACUCAACAUCUCCUGUAGGAGGAGAAAGACCUCUCAGACAAGAGCGUGUAGAAGUAUUAAAAGAGGGGGCUGUCGCGUCUCGCAGCCUUGCGCUCCAGAAACAUUUCACCUGGGCGGAUGAGAAAGGGGCAGAGCUUGAGGAGGCAGAGCUUAAUAAAAUGAGGAAGCUGGAAAAGGCGGGAAUUAAAGUAUUACCUACCUCUGUGCGAUAUAACAGUCCAAUUGUAAAUCCUGUGGAGGCCAGUAAAUCCAACCCACCUUCAUCUGACAUCAUUCUCCGACAUGACAAUGAGUUCAUGCGGGCCGCCGCUCCACAUCAGUGGGACUCCAAUGAGGAAGAUGAUGAUGAAGAGGCAGAACGGAAGGUUCCAGAUGUCCAAAAGGAUGACCUUGCUUCUCGCAGAGCACGCAUGAAUCAAUUUAAACCCAGUGUGGCACAUCACUUCCUGCCAGGCUCUUGUAGCUGGAAGGACCGAGAGAAAUGGGAGGGAAUCAGGCUGGCAUCCCAGCAUGCCGUAUUGGAAAGGAUGGAGAAGAUGGCACAGGAGAAAAGAAGUCAGGCUGACUCCGCCUCCCCUGAGGUGCCAAUCAUAACUCGUAAGGACAACCCUUUCCUGAAUCCUGAAAAAGACUGGGGAAAAGAGAGGGAUGAGGAAGAUGAGAAAGAGGUAGAGGGGAAGAUAGUUGUCCCAAACCCACACAAAGAUGAUCUAGCAAGGAGGCGGAUUAGGGGAGGGCCACGCCCUCCCAAAGAUGCUCAUCAGUCAUUGGUCCAGACUUCCAUCACUCAGUCAGACCUGGAGACAUGGCAGAGACUCAAGAUGAAUACAGAUAGCAGUGAGUCUGACUCCACCGGGGCUGAAGUGUCAAUCAUAACUCGCAAGGACAACCCCUUCCUGACCCCUGAGAGAGACAGUGAGAGUAAGCAGGAGAAUGAGGAGGGAACAGACAGAGAGAAAGGGAUGAGUGUGGUGAUGCCUGAUGUAAAGACAGAUGACCUGGCCAGAAGGUGGGGCCAAAAUGGGCCUGUGCCACAGAGGGACCCCCGUCAGUCAUUGGCUCAAACUACCAUCACUCUGUCAGACCUGGAGAAAUGGCAGAGGCUCAAGAUGAAUACAGAGAGCAGCGAUGACCCUAUUGUCGCUCUGUGUCAGACGUGUCUUGAGAAAGGCUGCCGCUCUGUUGCAUCCAAGACGAAGGUUGCCAAGAACGAACUGGCCAGUUGCCGAGAACGUUUCUCUGGUGAACGGCGGCGUUUUGUGACAUUUGGGGGUGUGACAGAGAUGGAGAGUACUUCCUGGAAAGAGGAGGAGGAGGAUGAGGAAGGGGGAGAGGGACAGGGGGACGAGGCAGAGACGCUUCGAUAUCUCCUCUCGAUGGCACCUGUUGCUGUGCCCACCAUAGGGCUGGGCUCCAUACUGACAAAGAGAGCGGUUGGCAGUGGAGAUGCAAACCCUGAGCCUGCUCCUAUCGUGCCCCCUGAACCUCUGAACCCUGUCAUGUUUGACCUUAAACGGCCUUUGGCCUCCACCGAGCACAGGGUGCUGGAGGAGGAACUGGCUGAGAAAGCGAAGGAUGAGAGGGAGGAUGAUGAAGAGGAUGAAGAAGAAGAGAGGCAACCGGAUACAGAAAAGGAUGACAUGCUAGCUCGUAGAACAGGAGCAUUUCAGAAGCCAGCAAAUGGGACUUCAUAUAACAGAUUCCUCCCACAGCCGGGUUCCAAGAGAGACGGUGCUACAGUGGCUUCCUUAGCCCAGAAAGGAAGUAUUCAGAUGAGCACGAGUGGAGACGGAGACUUCCAAUACCUGGAAAGAGUCAUAAAGACAAAGAGAACCAAAAUUGGACAGAGAAAUGAACCAGUCGACCAAGUACCAAAGACACCCGUUCCAGUUGCUGUAGUAACAGAAAAGUGCCCUGACAUUGUACGCUUGUCUGCAACUAACGCCAAUCGCUCUGGCAUUUACAAUGAUGAUGAUGAAUGUGGGGAUGACGAUCAACUACCAGAUUUUGAGAAGGAUGACAUGCUUGCACGAAGGACUGGAUCUUACCUAAAUCCAAGUGCAGGACAGGCUUUUAAUGCCUUUCUGCCCAAACCUGGUGCUGUCAAACAUAAAAUCAUCCCUUUCAGUGAAUCGCAGUCACACCUCAAGCCUAGAGAGCAAGAGACAGCCCCAUCUCUGGACAGCUUCACCCUUAGUUCUGUGGCCCCGCCCCCAAGAGAUGCUGAGGACACGCCUAGGAAGUGCCCUCAGAUGAUGGACAGGCAGGAGGCGGGCUCUGUGGGUGUGGUGGGACAUGAAAGUCUUAUUAAAGAUGAGACUAUUACCAAAAGCCCCUCCCCCAAACCUCACCAACCCUCAUGUCGCCCCCUUUGGCAGGAAGAUGAUGAUCUCCCCCCAAUAUUCAGAGCUACUAGUGUUUCUGAAACGGAGAGUGUGAGUUUGAUUGACAUGCGUGAUGAAGAGGAUGAGCUGGCCUACCUUCAGCUGCACAGCCAAUCACGACAUGAGCACCUACACAACCAGUACAACAAACUCCGAGAGGAGGAGGACCAGUGGCAGGACGACUUGGCUCGCUGGAAAAAUCGAAGGCGAAGUGCAUCUCAUGAUUUGAUCAAAAAGGAAGAAGAGAGGAAAAUGAUGGAGAAGCUAAUGUCAACAGAUGGAGGACCCGGCCAUCGCCGGAAGAGCAUCAAGACAUACAAAGAAAUCGUUGAGGAGAAAGAACGUAGGGAACAUGAGCUACAUGAACAAUACUGUAAGGCCUCCACUCCAGAAGAAAAGGCAGCUGUGCUUCAACGCUAUGCUCUCCGUUUCACCAUCAGUGAUGCCAUAUUGGAGAAACUCCAGCUCCCCAAACUGCCUUCUGCGGCCUCACCGAUGCACACGCCACCUCUCCAUCAGCCUGAGAAGAAGCUGACAUGCACCACCUUAGCAGAAGCAGAGGAUCUAGAGCCUCAACAAACUACCCAAACACACCACAGUGUCCAUGCAUACCAGAAGACUGCACAAAAACAGGCACCGGCACAGCGUGAAACCCCUGAGCCAUCACCUGAUGAGACCACCAAAGCUCCAAAAGUCCUGUCAGUGCCUAUACGAGUUCCUCCUGCUCCCUCAAAGCCUGUACCCCUGAUCACCCCAAAACCCUACAGCCAGCCCAAAUUCAGCCAAGGCCUCCGCAAAUCAGUAAAGAGCGAUGGGCUGAUACGUGUGAAUGGUGACAGGACUCAGCAAGAGAACAGAGAGAGGGGCGAUAAAGAUUCUGUGUCGUGUCCUCAAGUCGACUUAUCUUCCUCACCUCCAAAGCCAGCCACACAAAGUCAGCAAAAUGAGGAGCUAAUUGCUUUAGAAGCCUCAGACCACCAGCAAAGCUCACAGACUUCCGUUUCUGACCAGGAGGAAGAAGUCGGAAAGAAGGAAAAAGAAUGUUCUCUUAGUCCUCAGGAAGAGAAUAGCAAAGAAGACACCUCAACUACACUGUCGGUGUCAGAACCAGAAGGAAAGCAGCCAGUGCCUGACACAGUGAUGAAGCGCAACUGUGUUGUCACAACAACCAUCGUGACAGAGCUCACUCAGACGCACCCCGUCCCACCAAAUGACACGUCCAGCACAGAGCAGCUUGAUUCAGUCCAUAAUUCAUGUGAUCUGAGCUCAACUGCCGAGUCCACCAAGGCCGAGCAGACUUCAUGCUCACUCUCGCUGACAGAGGGGAUUGACUACUCCAUUGACUGUAUUGAAACCCCAAUGUUGAACCUUGCAAAAAGGGUUGACCACUGGACAUGGGAUCCUAAUGAAGAGCGUAGACGGCAGGAGAGGUGGCAACAGGAGCAGGAUCGCCUGCUGCAGGAGAAAUAUCAGCGAGAGCAAGAGAAGCUGAAGGAGGAGUGGGAGAGAUCGCAGAGAGAAGUGGAAGAAGAGGAGAGGAGACACCAUGAAGAGGAGAGACAGAUACUGGAGGAAACCGUGACCCCACUGACCCCUCGCACCUCAGCUUUAUCAUCCAGUAUGGUGACAGAGGCUCCGUCCCUCACCCAGCCCUCAGCCCCUCGUGACACCAUUGUCCUCUCCUUGGCUGACUGGGAAAGGAAACAGGAAAUGCUGGAGAAACAGGGGAACCAGAGUAACAGACUAACACACAGCCCUGAUCAAGUAAUCACAGCAGCUCAGCAGAACGGUCAGAGAGCUGAACCUCAGGAGAGCCAAACAGCUACACCACAACUGCAGUUUAUACAGGAUGGCUCUUGGAGCUGUAAGUCUAAAGGAAGGCAAGAGGAUUUGAAGAAAACUGCCUCACUGGAUCGUAAACAGAGUCCACCCCAGAGCCAGACCACAAAGAUGAGGAGGACUGGGUCGUGUGAAAAUGUUUUAGGGACACACCCAUCAAAAUCACCCACACCAUCACAAGACACGCCACCUCCAUCACCCAGCAGGUCAGUAAGUGGAAAGAAGCUUUGCUCCAGUUGUGCACAUCCGUUGGGUAAAGGAGCAGCUAUGAUCAUUGAAAGCUUGGGGUUGUACUUCCAUAUUCAGUGUUUUAAGUGUGGCAUAUGUAAAGGGUUACUGGGCAACUCAAGUGCUGGAACUGACGUCAGAAUUCGUAAUGGACUUCUUAAUUGUCAAGAAUGCUACAUAAAAUCAAGGGCUGCUGGCCAGCCAACAACAUUGUGAUGCCUCUGAACUUCUGACAAGGAAAUGGAACUGACAUCUUAAACCAACCCAUGACCAUAACCAAGAAAAACAGAUUUUAUGUUUAUACGACGUUUCCAACUGUUUUCCUUACAGCACAAUCAAGCAUAGACAUUAAUGUCAAAACUGGAAUCGUGGACAAAUGAUGGGUUUUCCUCUGGACUUUCUUUGCACUCGCUGAAAUAUGACCUUAUCGCUUACACGAUAAAGAGUCCAUAGAAUAUUACAGCGAUUACAGCAGUUUGUUCAUACUGUUAGAAUAAGAAGUACUGGUAGCACUUUACCUCACAGUGGCCAUGUUACACACAUUUCAAUAACGAUAAGACCUGAAAACGCUUUACGCAAAUAAAGAUGUGCUUUCUUGCAUUAAUGUGCACUAUCAAACCUCAGUCCUAAAGGUGGUGAUAGACAUAAUGUCAAAUGCCUGUGCCAUUAACUCAAAUAAUAUUUAGGUAGCCACCUGCACUCUCACAACAGUUGGGGCAGUUUCUUCUCAAAAGAUACUAAUAUAUACCAUUUAGGUACCUUAAAAGUACUCGUAUAGAGAGCGUAUAAGUGUUUAUAAAAAUCUAAAACCAAGAUUCUCUUAAAACUGUUGCAGAUAUAUCAUUUUCAUAGUUGGCAGGUAUUUCAUUUUAUUAGAUGUUUUAGCCAGUGGCAUUUUUUGAAGUGUGAAAUUGACACUAUAGUUUAGUAUGCUCACUACUGAGGGUGCAGAAGCAUCUGCAUUCGUGUACUUGUUUAGAGGAUGUUUUUGGCCUAACAGCAAUGACAUGGAAUUCUAAACUUCCACAAAUUAACUACAUGUUGUUCAUGAGUAUUGCUCAAGAACUUUCUUAUGUAAAUGCAUUGUAACACGGGCACUGUGAUGUAGAGUGAGCCUGAAUCCAUUUCUGUUGUGGAACAUGAGGUAGCACAAGCAUCCAGUUUUCAUUUAAGAAAAUGUGCAUCUAUUAUUUUAUCAAUAAUCAAUCAUCUCAGUUUUUGUAAAGGCCUUGCAGGUAUGUUAGGCAACUGUUAUUCCACUAACAGACGAACGCAUGAUGUUGUGCGACUCUUAGGCCUAGAUGAUUUGUCCUGAAGCCUUAACUGACAACACGAAAUGAAUACAGAUAAGAUUGUCCGUCACUUUUGUUUAUGGUUUGAAAACAUGAACUGGAGUGGUUUUGAUUGAAACGUUCUGUUCAUUGGCUGUUUUAUCUGGUUUGAUCAGUGAGGGGUUUGAUACGUUGUUUGUGCAGUAUUGUUUAACACCAUGUAGACAGCAUGUUGCUAAGGGUAGAUCUUACAUUUCCAUUUGAUUAUUUUUCAAACUUUGUUAUUAGUAUUUACGUUUUGCCUCUGCAGUUGAGUGGUAAGAAGAUUGCAUGAUCCCUGAAACUUUACAUUACAAUGUCCAUGUUACAAGCUACUAAAAUGAAUGACUAAAGUAAUAACAUAAACUGUGCAAAGAAGCUCCACAUAAUCAGAAGUAUAUUAUGUAAUAAACACUGUAAUGUAAAGUGUAAUCCUUUUCUUUUAGCUUUUGAAAUGAUUCCGUUACAAUCGGUUUAAUGUGUUCUGUUGCCUUUCUCUCUUCUGCAAUGUUGUGCCUUAGAAAUGCGCUCCUAGAUAAUGUCUAGCGUCGGCCACCCUUGCAUCCAAAGCUUCAAGUUACCAAUGUGUAUUGGUGAGAAUAUUAUGCAUAUGCACUGAGCACUCUGCUUUUACCCUUGUACUUUAUUCGAACACCAUGAAUGUGCGAGCAAGAGAUUUAAAAAUGAAACUCGCACCCUCUGUAAGCUCUUCACUCAUGUGCAUUUAGACAUGUACAAUUGUUAAAUAUCUAUAUUUAUCUAAAUCAACUGGAAAAGAGUUCAAUCCAAAUAUCAAAUUCAACAACAAGGACAGAUUACAUUCAGCAACACUAGCAUAUAAUUCUGCUUUCUAACUUCUGCUUCUGCUUUCUGUUAAUAUCUGAGAUUAAAAAAGCAUUGUCAUUUAGAUCCGGGCGGUUUUGAUUGUUGCUUGUAUAUGGUUUGUUUUAUUUUGUGGCAUUGUUAGAAUAUGAACUCAAACGGAAGGCAAUAAUUACUGGAAAGAGUAGCCAAGGAUGAGUGAGAUGUGUGUGACAAAUACUUUCAUAUUCUGUAUUUAUUAUACCCUUUUAAAAAUGAGCGAUAUAAGACAACCUACAAGACGCUGAAAUGCAAUGGCUUUUAUAGCAAGUGUAUGUUUUUAAAUAAACUGUAAUAAACCGUUUAAAUGCACUUGCAUUUGACCCACAUGCUUGUUUUUGUGACUGUAAUAUGGUUUUAUAUACACUCACUGGCCACUUUAUUAGGUACACCUUGCUA